UUUUCUCCUCACAGAUUGUGUUGCUCCCUGUGCGUCCCUGAAGUUUUCACUGACUUCUAUCAGGCUUGUGUUGAGAUGGUCUCUAUCUUCCAUAGACGGAGGUUAUUAAUGGGAUUUCUUUCUCCCCUGCAUCACCUGAGGUCAGCGGGACAGUGAGCCGGAGCGCGUCUGGAGGCUGGAUGGACAGCAUGUCUCUACGGCAGCAACAGGACAGCCGAGGCGGUGGACAGCAGGAAAACAAACGGCGGAUGAAGUCUCAGAGUUAUCGCCGUCAGUCUGCCCCGUCUCUGGUCAUCACCAAGGCUCUGACCAGGUCCAAGACUCUCUCCAGAGAGAGCUUCCUGGUUCCCGUGUGUCCAGAGACCUGUCCAUUGGUCCAGUCCUUCCUCACGGGCUCUGACAGGUCGUUCCUUCUCCACGGACAUGCCCAUUUGAAGACGGGGAUGCAGACUCAGGACAGGCAUCUCUUCCUGUUCAGUGACAUCCUGGUUAUCGCCAAAGCCAAGUCAGCCAACCACUUCAAACAGAAAGCCCAGGUGUGUGUGUGUGAGAUGUGGACGGCAGGCUGCAUGGAUGAGGUGUGUGAGGGAAGCACGAACCCAGAGAGGAGCUUCGUCAUGGGCUGGCCCACCUGCAACUGUGUCGCUAUGUUUAGCUCAGCAGAACAGAAAGAGAGAUGGCUCUCCCUGCUCAAAAGUCGGAUAAAAGAAGAGAAAGAGAAGGAGGAACCUAAAACCAUUCCUCUGAGAGUGUAUGGGAAGGGAAUCAAUACUUUCGCUGUUACCAAGACACUCCCUGUCAGCAACUCAGAUUCGAGCAAUGAGGUGAUCCGACUGGCUCUGCAGCAGUUUAGCAUCAUAGGAAAUGUGAAAGACUUCCAGCUGUGGGUCAUCUCUAAGAGGGACAACACCCCCUAUCCUCUCAUAGGUCAUGAGUUUCCCUUCAGUAUCCAGAUGAGUCAUGUGAGACACACGAUGUCUCAGGGAGGCGGCGCUGGAGGCAGGGACGCUACUGCACCACCUGUGGACAGACAGAGGGCCAUGCAGGUGGAGCAGCUGCAGGUGUACAAGCAGUGCCAGUUCAUCUUGAAGCCGCGACCCGUCGAAACGCUGCAACAGCACAUAUCUGCGGACUUUUCUCAGAAGCCAUUUAAAAGGAGGCGUUCCCUCAUCACCUGGGCCUUCUGGCGAGGCUCCUCCCCUCACCUGAAUGAGCUGUCCCUCGCCGGCACGGCCCGCGGCUGCCUGUUCGGCCAGCCACUCAGCUCUGUUUGUGUGGAGGAUGCUCUGCCCAAGCCGGUCAUGGACAUGUUGGCGUUUCUGUACCACGAAGGCUCUUGGACACGGGGGAUCUUCCGUCGGCCGGCGGGGGCCCGGGCGGUCAGGGAGCUUCGGGACUCUCUGGACGCAGGAGAGUUUCAGCUUCCUCUGACACAUGAUCACAUCUUUAUCAUAGCUGGAGUCUUUAAGGAUUUCUUGCGCAGCAUCCCCGGCAGCUUGCUGUGUUGUGAACUGCAUGAAGAUUGGAUGGAUGUACUGGAGGAAGAGGAGGAGGAGGAGGAAGAACAGGUGCAGGACGUACAGAGGAUGAUUUGUCGGCUGCCCAAAGAAAACGCCCUGCUGCUGCGCUACCUGCUGGCCGUGCUGCACGGUAUCCAGGGAAACGCCCACGAGAACCAAAUGACGAGCUUCAACUUAUCAGUGUGCAUUGCUCCCAGCAUGCUUUGGCCUCCCGGAGCACCCUGUAGCCCUGAGGUGGAGGGAGAAGGAGCCAAGAAGGUUUGUGAGCUGGUGAAGUUUAUGAUCGAACACUGUCAGCAGAUUCUGAGAGAGGACCCCUCCUCUCUGUUUGGAGGACCCCCACAUAGACUCAACACUGAGCAGAUGGAAGCAGACUCCUGGGUGUACCCUCUGACUGACUCAUCCUACGACAGUCUGGAGAAUGAGUUAGACAACAGCAGUGGAGGGUCGCCCGGUUUCUGCAGCAGAAGGCGCCUUAGACCCAAACCACUUCAGGGCAGCCUGGACUCCAUCCUCACAUUCAGCGACUACGACCAAGACACAGACCCAGAUAUACGCCGCACACACACCAACAGUCUGCGUGGUCUGAAGUUACACCCGCAGGGGAGAACCAGAGGCAGGAGACGUGAGCCGGACCUCUCCAGCCCCAGCCAGGACGCACUGACCAUGAACACCUCCUCCACUCUCGACUCCCUGUCCCUGGAGGGUCGGCCCAUACCGAGACGCCGCUCGGAGCCGGCUAUAGCAUACGUGUCCAAGUUUCGACCGUGUGUUUCAGUGAGUACUGAUGGUCUCACUGGUGAGGAUGAGGAUGAUGAAGAUGAGCUUUCCAAGAAGCCCAGCGGCCACACACUCGCUCACACACACUCCAGAGGUCAGGCCAGGAGAGGUGGAGGCGAAUCUGGGUUAAACCUGCACGGUAGGCGGUCAGCAGCCCUGGAAGCCAGCUCUUCCAGCCUCUCCUCUACCCCCACCUCCCCUGCACCAACACACUCCUCCCUGGAUUCCCUUGACUCCCCCAGCAGUGACCACACCUGCGCAACCAGACGACAGCUCAACCCAACCAAGACACACCUGUCCUCCGGCUGUACCUCUGGAUCACUUUCCACCUCUGUCCCGUCUACACCUUUCACCAUCAGCUCUGCUCUGACCUCCACUGAACCUCCAGACCUGGGGACUGGUCCAAAAAGCUCCUCACCCAAAGAACCACUCAACUGGGGGACUUUAAAAGGCUGCCGGGGCCUCCACCCAAACUCUUGGCUGAAGAAAGACCGGAGACUGUCACUCACCCAACAAGACAAAGAAGAAGAGGACAAGACUGUGGGAAGACCCUCUGAUAAUCUGCUGACACUUGGGAAACCUGUCCCGGAGAGAGGAAAAGCAGUCGAGAGAGGUGGAGGAAAACCAGUCUCCAGCAGCCAUCAAAAGCCCAAAAUGUCCUGCAGAGCCACAAAAGAUGCAGGAGGAGGGGGCCGUGUGAGUGGCAAGUCUGGCCAUGAGACCCGACACCUUAAACAGGACUCGUCCAGCCCCCCGUCUCACCACCGCUCUACAGGGAGCCUCCAGAUCCCCAAAUCCUCGUGGUUCCGGUCCUCAGACUCGCCGUUAACCCCUAGGCAGCUCAUCAACAGCCACACCAAUACCGCAGGUGACAUCACCAACCAGAGGCGUGCUGCAGAGAGUGAAGUGAGUGAGCAGAAGCAGCCAUCGCCAUCUUUAUUUUAUAAGCAGAGUGGGCUGUCUCUGUCCCUCUUCAAGCGACACAAGUCUCACUCUGUAGAGGAGGAGGGUAACGCCAGGCUCUACCAACGCCGGGGGUCUGAACCCGGACGCCAGCUUGUGGACCGAGCCUCCACCUUCACCAGGGCGAGGCUUCCCAGUGACCCAGGACUCAAGGUGUCCGAGGUGGACUCACAGGGAGAGACAUCGGAGGCCCGUUUCUGCCUCUCCCCCUAUGCCACCAAAGCAGUGAGAGACUACUUCUCCUCACACCCCAGCAGUAACCCCCAGAGCAGCCAGCAGGUGGCGCUCGCUCUGGUGGAGAGUCGCAGGGAGUGGCUGAAGAGAUGCAGCGAUCCCACGGCUGAGCCAGAUUUUGACCAGCUCCUGUUUGCUGAAGAAUCCUAUGUCUGAUUAUAACUUAACUUGUAAAGUAGUGAAGUGAAAUUAGAUUAAAGCACAACACAAAUCACUUUAGCGCAGUGUAAUGAUGACAGAACGGAUGCUAGAGAUAAACGACCUCUGCUGUUUUCAACUAAAGAAGUUAAAUAUUGCAGCUUUCAAAGGCUUUUAACAUUUCCUCGUUUCAUUACAGUUUUUAAAAACAGAGUAAAGAGUAGUUAUUGCUCAUCACCUUAAAAGAACUGCUGGAUGGUGUUUCAUUAGAGCUCAGAACACACUGACCUUUAACCUGUAGGGUUAAAUAAUCUGAAAUUGACUGAAAAGGACUGAUUUGAUAUCAAAUGCAUUAUGAAGCUAAGUUGUAUCUGAUCUUGAUCCAUGGGUUUUGUGCAAGGAAUGUCACUUGUGUGUUUUUCUUUUGUUUUUUGAUUUUUUUAACUAUAUUGGGCCAAACUUAAAAUCUGCCAAUUUAAAAACUACCUGGUGUUGCCUUCUUAAAACAUGAACAAGUAGGAUUUCGCUCAUUAAUGACUGUUCGUUUGAUUGGUCAACAGCGAACUUGAGCUCUAAACAAACUGGAUUUUUUUUGUGUGCAUUGUGUGGCUAGUGAGGUGACUGUGAAAGAAGCUGCUCUGAUCAUGUAUUAAAAUCCAUAAUAAUAAUAAUAAUAAUAAUAAUAAUGGACUAUCAACGAGUCACAUGACUACAGACCUAUUGGCUGACUGUAAUCAUGCACUAUGAAUUAAAGGAAAAGUCCGCCCCAAAUAGUUUAUUGUAGCCGUCUAGGUAUAUUUUGUUGUCUUUAUGGUGUUUUUUUCAUAUUUCCAUAGAAAAUCCUGAAAGCAUUCUGAGAAAUGGAGGCCCUCACUCACUGUAUCUGAACUAAAUAAGUGAAUAACACCCAAUAGGUACUGACAAAAUAACCCCUUAGUGACACUACGAUGGAUAUUUCCCUUUAAAGUGUUGAUAGAUAGAGAUAUGAGGCAUGAGCCAUGAUUCUUUGUGACUUACACUCUUGGAAGACACCCAGAGAGACAUCAGAUAUUUUUGAUGUCUGUCUUGAAUAAAUGUCCAUAAAGCCACUUCAAGAUCAUGGAGGGGAAAAAAACACUCCUUAUUAUAACUCCAGAACUUGCCUGAGAAUCAUCAUGUGUUUAAGCUUUCUUGAGCUUUCUCAGGCAAAAUGUUUACAAGUACAGACACCAUGGCAGCAAAGCACAUAGUGUUUAUAUAGCAUUCAGAGGAUAUAUAGUACAUAACAUUGUUAGAACUUAUUACGUUUGCUAUGAGCUAAUAGAACAAUGUGCAGGCUGGGCGCUUAAGAAAAGAGCACAUGAGCAAUAGAUCAUAUGUAGUGUUCCAUGUAAGAGUGAGAAACCCUCAGUAGAGACAGUAGAUGAAAACCUUCCCUGUGUCCUGAUCAUCAGUGAGACGCCAAACAACUGUGCUCUGUGACCACUUAUUCAACAAUGCCUUUAUGUUUUACUGAAACCUGCAUUCUGAACAUGGUGAUCCAUCUGUAACUGUGAUUAAGUGUCCUGUGUACAAGAACUGUGAUUUGCAGUACAUAUCAAACAUGGUAGCUGUACGAGCCUGAUGUAUACACACGUAUUAUCAGUGAUAUGUAUUUAUAUACAAAAUCUGAUUUCUAAACUUCCUGUUAGCCUUGAUUGAUUUCUUUGUGGUUUUGGAUUUGUCUGGAUUAUGAGCCAUCGAUGAUGGCUGAACCAACGAAAUACUUGGAGACUCGUUUUUAGAUGAUACACUGCCUCAUUUGACAUUUUCAUUUUGCAAUUUGUAUGAGUCCAAAAUUAAAACUGAGCUGCUGCUUUAGGAAAUUUGAAUACUGAGUCAAAACUGCAAGUAGAGUGUGCAGAAACACUGAUGGCUGGGGGGGGGGGUGACUGAAUACGGAAUACUGGCCAUGGAAGAGAACAUCCUGAUGAUGGCGCGGCGCUUCUGGGUCAUCUGGGGCGUGGAUUCUUCCUCCUGGUCGUGGUCACAUUGAGACGCUGGUUCCUCACUUUCGUCACAGACAUGAACCCCUUUGUUGCUCCUUCUGCCGAAAAACCUCCUCACUUUCUUCAUCCAGUUUCUCUUUCCGUCUUUCGGCUUCUGCAGCUGUGCUUUUAAACCCUUGACAAGAGUGUCCACGAAAAUCAUGUGUCUGGAUACCAUGGCUACCUGCAGCUGCUUUGCAGAUCCAGACUCCUUACAAAGCUGCUUAUAGAUAGCAAUGUGUAUCUUUCCAACAUCUGUGGGAGAGGGGAACUUAACUCUCCUGCAGUCUUCUCUCUCAGAUAUGACAACACUCUGUGAUGAAGGUAUUACUUAGCUGUGGAGACUCCUCUGCAGAGUAGUUACCUGUUUUGUUGAAGUAAAAGAUGUGAAAAUCAGUCUCAUCAUAGCACACCAUAUGAAAAAUAAAUACUUCAUACACGUUUACCACAAAAGAAAACAAGAUUUCACAAAUAAUGUCUUAUUGCUUAUUAUAAGAUGUUACAGAUGUUCCCCUCACAGCAGG